CUUGGGCAGUCCACUGUUCGUCUGGGGAGAUUUCAACACUGCAGUCACUUCUGCUCCUGCUUGUUUGCAAUCUUCGCAUCCUUCAGCGCAUCGCAGCCCGUCACUUUCUUCUCUUUCUCACAUUCUCUUUGUUACCUCUCCAUCAUGGCGAUGACUAUGCCGCAAGGAAAUGCCAUCUUUCCGCGGUCUCAUGUCGGUUUCGACUCGAUCACCCAGCAGAUAGAGAAGAAGUUGCUCAAAAGAGGAUUCCAAUUCAACGUCAUCUGCGUUGGGCAAUCUGGCCUUGGAAAGUCUACUCUCAUCAACACCAUCUUCGCAAGCCAUCUUUUGGAGUCAAAAGGCCGUCUGCGCCCAGACGAGCCCAUUCAUUCUACUACCGAGAUCCAAACUGUCUCCCAUGUUAUCGAAGAGAAUGGAGUCCGCCUGCGCCUGAACAUUGUUGACACUCCUGGCUAUGGAGAUCUGGUCAACAACGAUCGAUGCUGGGAUCCCAUUGUGAAAUACAUCAAAGACCAACAUAGUGCUUACCUCAGAAAGGAGCUCACUGCGCAAAGAGAGAGAUACAUCCAGGACACACGAGUUCACUGCUGCUUGUUCUUCAUCCAACCGUCGGGCCACGCCCUCAAACCGAUUGACAUUGUGGUUCUGAAGAAGCUCUCCGAUGUUGUCAAUGUCGUGCCGGUCAUCGCAAAGGCCGACUCCCUUACGCUGGAGGAGCGCAGAGCAUUCAAAGAACGCAUCAAGGAGGAGUUCGCUUUUCACAACCUGAAAAUGUAUCCCUAUGACAACGAAGAGCUGGAUGAUGAGGAGAGAGCAACCAAUGCGACCAUCAAGGACAUCAUCCCAUUCGCCAUCGUCGGCAGCGAGAAAUCCAUCAUUGUUAAUGGCAAGCAGGUCAGAGGCCGACAGAACAAAUGGGGUAUCAUCAAUGUCGAGGACGAGAACCAUUGCGAAUUCGUUUAUCUCCGGAACUUCCUUACACGUACUCACCUCCAGGAUCUCAUCGAAACGACGAGCCAAAUUCACUAUGAGACGUUCCGAGCGAAGCAAUUGUUGGCUCUGAAGGAAAGUAGUGCAGCAAGCGGUAUGGCUGGUAGCCGGCCUAUCAGUCCUGCCGCAGACCGGGAGUUGAGCAGAGGUUCGCAACGCAUGACCAUGAAUGGAUACUGAGAGGUUGACUUCUGAGCCAUGGGUUGGCGUGAAAAUGGGAUUACUGGUGAAGGAUGCUUAUUUUGUACUUCAAGCCUCUUCUAAUGUAGCGUCUAUUGAGAGCGGGUUUCUCUUCCUUAAGAUCUGGGGCAGAACUAAUCCUCAUGACUUGUUGCCCCUUCCAGCUAAA